AUGGACUGGAAAAAGGCGUUGGGCUUCACCGAUCGGCUGACAGCCAUCCAAUCUCUGACCAGUGCCUAUCAGCAUGUGUCGUCAUCGGCUGCCUUCGCGGAGGCUCAGUCCCAGGCCAAGAAAGUUGAGAGCGAGGCCUAUGACCGCGCCACCUCCAAGGCCGAAUACGACCGGCUCUGCCAGCAGGCCAUUGAUGCUGCCGAGUCCCUCGGGUCAGUAGCUCCCCGAAUUAGUAGCCCCGACCAAGUGUCCAUUGAACCCGAAGAAGGAUCGUGGACCGCAGGUGAGCCUAUCGGCCCGUAUCGCUCCUGCAUGCACCACUUCGACGGGCUUCAUUCCACCAUAUAUAAAUCCAGACGCGAGGAUGGCACCCUGGUUGCCGUCAAAGUAACCAUCCCUCACCUCUUGACGGCCCCCCACGACGCGCAGCGUGAGGUUGAGCUUCUACGGAAGGCUGCCAGUGUUUACAUAAUCCCCUUGAUAGAGACCUUGAAACUCGAGGGAGGGAGACUCGUCCUAGUUUUCCCGUUUGUGAAAUAUGACUUCGAACAGCUGCUCCGUCGGAAUCUGGUCACGGCGAGCCAAACGAGGUCCCAUCUGCGAGACAUGUUCAGUGCGUUAGCCCACGUACAUGAACUAGGGAUCGUACACCGUGACAUAAAGCCGUCCAAUAUUCUAAUGGAUUCUCCCGACGGCCCGGCGUACCUUGCCGAUUUUGGAAUUGCCUGGCAAGAAGGACCACGGUCCGAGCCGGCUGAUAAAAAGAUCACGGAUGUAGGGACCACCUGCUACCGGCCCCCGGAGAUAUUGUUCGGCUUCAAGAGCUAUGGGGCUGCCCUGGAUCUCUGGGCAGCCGGAUGUGUCGUUGCAGAAGCAAUCUCUGUCGGGCACAAGCAGUUGUUUGACUCUGGGCCCCUGGGUAGCGACCUCUCCCUCAUUCAGUCUAUAUUUACAACUCUCGGCACGCCAGACCAAGAUACUUGGCCGGAGACUCAAAAGCUUCCAGACUGGGACAAAGUACAGUUUUACAAAUAUCCAGCCCAGCCAUGGGACAGCAUUCUCAAAGGGGCUUCUUCUAAAGGCCGUGACCUUGUGAGUCAACUGGUGUGUUACGAAAGUAGCCAGCGCAUAUCUGCCAUCGAGGCUCUCAAACACCCGUAUUUUUCUGCCACCUGA